AUGUCUUCAACCGAUGUUUCCUUUAGUAGUAUAUUCGUCUUUCUAUUCCCAAUUCUUUCUCUCGGAAACAUCCAACAAUUUAACGAAUGCUCAACCAAGUUAUACGCUUGCGAUCAGUCGAUCACAUAUAUCAGCUAUCCCUUUUGGGGAAACGGUCGUCCUUCUUACUGUGGACUCGUGGGAUUCGAACUUACUUGCAGAGAAGACAACAUCACCACUCUCCAAAUCACGAACACAACGUUCCGUGUUAUACGAAUCGAUCAAAACAAUAAUAAACUCACCCUCGCCCUUGAUGAUCUCUGGGAGGGUGAUCAACCUAAUGCUUGUUUGUUGAGACCAAAUGAAUCAAUUGACCUGACCACGUUUCAGUACACUUUUUUUAGUUACGUUCCCGACGGAUCUAUUUUUCAAGGGCUAUACUUUUCGUGUCUGGAGGAUUUGGUUAGUUCGAUUCCGAAUAGGAGCAGGUUUAAUUGUUCCGGUGAUGAAGAAGGGAGAGCUAAUUUCAUUGGGAAUCGAUCGAUUGCUGUAGGGGAUGCAUGUGAGCGUGUGAUUGGAGUACCGGUUUUGAGGACGGCGUUUGAGGAUUUUAACCGGAGUGAAACGAUGCCGUUGCAGGAGUUGUUGUGGAUGGGUUUUCAGAUGGAGUACAGGGUGGACGGCGGCGAAAUUUGCUCCCGGUGUCAGAGAUCUGGUGGGUCGUGUUGGUCCAAUUUGAAUUCCUCCAUCCCUUCCUGCAUUUGCCCGGAUGGUGUUUCCAGAUUGGUAUGCGGCUCAGGGUCCCCAACUUCGUUGAGAAUAAAACUUGCUUUCGGAAUCGGAUCUGCACUUCUCUUGAUUGUGUUGAUAUUCAUAAUAUAUUGCAUUCGGAAAUCCUCAACAAGCAGUUGUGUUGCGCUAUUUAAGCAUCAAACUGAGGACGACAAAAGUGUUGAGACCUUUGUUAUACAAUAUGGAUCCUUAAGUACAAAAAGGUACACAUAUGCUGAUAUCAAGAAAAUGACAAACUCAUUUCAAGUUAAAUUGGGACAAGGAGGUUUUGGUACUGUGUUUAAAGGAAAACUAUCAGAUGGGCGUCUUGUGGCAGUAAAACUUUUAAACUCAUCGAAAGCAAGCGGACAAGAAUUUAUAAACGAAGUUGCAAGCAUCGGUAGGACUUCUCAUGUUAAUAUUGUUACUCUCUUGGGAUUUUGUUUUGACCAUAAAAAAAGAGCUCUGAUAUAUGAGUUCAUGCCAAAUGGAUCAUUAGAGAAGUUUAAAUAUGGUCAUGUUACUCAAAGUACAAGUGAACGCAUAGGAAUAGACAAGUUAUAUGAGAUAGCACUUGGAAUUGCACGGGGUCUUGACUACUUGCAUCGUGGCUGCAACACUCGUAUUUUGCAUCUUGAUAUAAAGCCACAUAACAUCCUCCUUGAUGAAGACUUUUGCCCAAAGAUAGCAGAUUUUGGCCUUGCUAAAUUGUACUCGAGAAAAGAUAGUAUUGUUUCUAUGUUGGAGGCUAGAGGCACUAUCGGGUAUAUUGCCCCUGAAGUUUUUAACAGAAACUUCGGUGGAGUGUCCCAUAAAUCUGACGUAUAUAGUUAUGGGAUGCUCAUUAUAGAAAUGGUUGGAGGAAGGAACAAUGUUUAUAAUGGUGUUGGAUCUGGGGAUACGAGUGAAAUCAUGUAUUUUCCAAAUUGGAUUUAUAGCCGUCUUAAGACAAAUGAAUUCUUAUUUGAUGGUGUGACAUCUUCUACAGAAAAUGAAUAUGUUAGAAAGAUGACUAUAGUCAGCUUAUGGUGCAUACAAACUAAUCCCAAGAAAAGACCAUCGAUUAAUGAAGUGAUUGAAAUGUUGGAAGGAAGCAUUGAGGCAUUGGAAAUUCCACCAAAACCUUUCUUUUCUUCUCCACCACGAUCACCAACCACCAUGUUUAACAUAUCGCAAGAAGUGACCGAUGAGCACUCAUGUAUUUCACAAAGGACAUGA